AUGCGCCCGAAGGAGCAGGGGCAGGGCUGUGCCGGUGGCAGCGGGCUGGAGUCCGGUCCCGGCUCCGGAAACCCCGCGGCGGUCACUCCCGCACCGUCGUCCAGAGCCGAUUCCGCUCCGGAGCCCUCGGCCGGGCCCGAACCCAGCUCUACGCAGGCAGCGGGAGCUGGACCGGGAACCGGAUCGCGAGGAGUUGCUGGGUCGCAACCUGGGACCAAGUCUCGAUCCCAGCGCCCGGCUGUGUUCUUUGCAGAGCACGGGGAUGUGCCCUGGACCCGCUUCAUAUUCCAAGGGCCCUUCGGCCCCCGGGCCACAGGCCUGGGAAGUGGCAGGGCAGCGGGCAUCUGGGAGACGCCAGCCGCCUACAUUGGCCGGCGGCCUGGGGUGUCUGGCCCUGAACGCGUCGCUUUCAUCCGGGAGCUGCAGGAAGCGCUGUGCCCUGACCUACCCCCACCCAAGAAGAUCACCCAAGAUGACAUCAAAGUGAUGCUGUAUUUGCUGGAGGAGAGAGACAGGGACCUGAACACGGCGGCCCGCAUCGGUCAGUCCCUGGUGAAGCAGAACAGUGUUCUGAUGGAGGAGAACAGCAAGCUGGAAGCCAUGCUGGGCUCAGCCCGGGAGGAGAUUCUACACCUCAGGCAGCAGGUGAACCUGCGAGAUGAUCUCCUCCAGCUGUACUCAGAUUCUGAGGAUGAGGAUGACGACGAGGAGGAUGAAGAGGGAGAGGAGGGACAAGAGGAGGAAGAGGAGGGAGAGGAGGAAGAAGAGGAGGAGUUGGAAGAGGAAGAAGAAGAGGAACCAGAAGAAGAGGCUCGGCGGCAUGACCAUUCCUACGGCGCCCCCAGGCCGCCCCCUCCGGAGGAGCCGCUGCACCACUGCCCGCAGCUGGAGGCGCUGCAGCGGAAGCUGAGGCUGCUGGAGGAGGAGAAUGACCAGCUGAGAGAGGAGGCCUCCCACCUGGACACCCUGGAGGAUGAGGAGCAGAUGCUCAUCUUGGAGUGUGUGGAGCAGUUUUCUGAGGCCAGCCAGCAGAUGGCCGAGCUGUCCGAGGUGCUGGUGCUGAGGCUGGAGAACUACGAGCGGCAGCAGAAGGAGAUCACGCAGCUGCAGGCCCAGAUCGCCAGGCUACAGCAGCGCUGCCAGUCGUAUGGGGUGGAGACCGAGAAGUGGCAGCAGUAUUCGGCUUCGGAGAAAGAAAUCCAGAUGCAACUCCAGGAAGAGGACGUGCGGGACAAGUACUCAGACAGCAAGGUCAUGUGCCAGGAGGAGACGAAGACCCUCCAUGAGCAGCCUCCGAUGUCCACUGGCUCUGUCAGCCACUUUGCGUACAGCCUGCCUCUGCCCGUGGAGGAACUGGGGGCAGCAGAGGAGGUGGGGCCCUCUGAGGAAGGGGCGGCCCAAGAGGCAGAACUGGUGUCUGAGGAGGUGGAGGCCUGGGAGGAGGUAGAGCCGGAGCUGGAUGAGGCCACACGCAUGAAUGUGGUGAUCUCGGCUCUGGAGGCCAGCGGCCUGGGUCCUUCGCACCUGGACAUGAAGUAUAUCCUCCAGCAACUGGCCAGCUGGCAGGAUGAGCACUACAGGCGGCAGCAAAAGCAGAAGGUGCCUCCGCAAGGUGAGUGCUCCAGCAGGGGCCUCCCUCCUUCUAGCCGGACCAGCUGCAGAUCUUCAAGCCGAUAA